AAUUAAUGGAAACACACGGAAUUCCACACCGUACUCUAUUUCCUUGCCGAAACGAGACUGCAGUUCGCUGCGCUUGACUAUCGCUCUACUCUUCCCACUAACUCUAGGGAUUUUGAUCAGGCGGUUCCUCACCGCAACGACGCCGGUUUUAGUACGGUUUAUGCAGAAGCGGCCGCGGCGGCAGAAGAGACGAUGGAGAAGCUAGAAUUCGAAGUGAAAGAAUCGGAGUUGAAGCAGAAGACUCUGCGCCAGGCGUACGACUGCGUUCAGGCCCAAGCCAAGUCCCUGACCUUCUUUUCCGUGCAGUGGAAGGACCUCGAGGACCACUUGGAGUCCACGCGCCGCUCCGUCGAGGCCCGGUUCCGGGAACUCGAGCACCGCGAGGAGGAAGUCCGAGGCCGCGAGGAGGAUUUGGAUGCCAGAGAGUCGAAUUUCCGCUCGGAGAUGGAGGCGAAAUCCAACGAAUUGCUAGUGCUUCAGAAGUUGAUCGAAGCGAGGAAGGACCAGUUGCUGUCGCUCCAGUCGUUGAUUCAAGAUCACAGCGAAGAGGUUGCUGUUCAGGAGCGGCGGUUGACGGAGGUGGAGGGUUUCGUGUGGGAGAAGGAGGGGGAGUGUGAUUUCAUCGAGAGGCGCAUUGGAGAGAGGACGAGAAAAUUGAGUUGGGUGGAGGCGAAGGUGAAACAGGCGGAGGCUAAGGAGCGGGAAGCGGUGGAGGGGUUUGAAGAAUUGCUGGACAAGUGCAAUGAGGGCAUUGAAUUGAAAGAGAGGGAGUCGAGAGAGGUUCUGAGGUCGAUCGAGGCGCGAAAGGCGGAGUUUGAUUCGAGAGGGGAGGAGCUGGAAUCAGCGCGAAGGUCGAUUGAGGAAUGUGAGAGGGAGCUGAAGGCGAAAGAGGAGGAACUCGAAUCGAGGGAAGGAAUGAUUAGGGAAAUGGAUUUGAAAGAGAGUGAUUUGAGUUUGCUUGAGAAUGCACUGGAGGAGUGGAGUAGUGAGCUUCAAUUGAGAGAGAAGGAGCUUGAAAAAUCGAAGCAAGAAGGCGAAAAGUAUUUGGAUAAAGUCUCCAGGGGACUUCAAGAGAAAGAGAUCCAACUGCAAAGGAAGGAAAGCUUACUGCAGAGGAAAGAGAGCCAACUUCAGCAGCAGGCCAGAGAGCUUGCAUUGAAGCAGCAGGACUUGAUCAAGAAAAUCAUAGAAGAACACACCGAAACUCUGAAGUCGAAAGAGGGGCAAAUCGAAGAUCAGGCGAAAGAGAUCGAGUUGAAGCAGAAAGAGAUUGAUUCGAUAAAAAAAUCCGCUGAAGAACAAACCCAAAACCUGAAACCGAAAGAGAAGCAACUGGAAGACAAGACCAAGGAACUUGAGUUGAAGCAGACGGUAUUGGAUUCGAUCCAAAAAUCCAACGAAGAACGCGCCCAAUGCCUAAGAUCGAUACAGAGGCACCUUGAUCACCGCUCGAAAGAGCUGGCAUUGAAGCAUAAGGGAUUGGAAUCAAUAAAAAAAUCCACCGAAGAACACACUGAAAACCUGGAAUCGAAAGAGAGGCAACUCGGAGACAAGGCCAAAGAGCUUGAACUGAAGCAGAAGGAAAUUGAUUCAAUGAAAAAAUCCGCUGAAGAACAAGCCGAAAGCCUGAAAUCAAAGGAGAGGCAGCUCGAAGAGCAGGCGACAGAGCUUGCACUGAAGCAGAAAGAGUUGGAUUCGAUCAAAAAGGCAACUGAAGAUCGCACCGAAACCUUGAAUUCGAAAGAGAGGGAACUCGAUCAGCAGGCGAAAGAGCUUGCACUGAAGCAGAAAGAAUUGGAUUCGAUCGAAAAGGCGAUUGAAGAUCGCAACCAAACCUUGAAUUCGAAAGAAAAGGAACUCGAUCACCAGGGGAAAGAGCUUGAAGUGAAGCAGAAAGAAUUGGACUCGAUCAAAGAAUUGGAACCUGUCCUUGACAGCAAUGCAGCCGUUCAUUCUUCCGCAAGUAAUGAAUCCAGCGUCGAUUGGGAUGGUAGAGGUGAGAAACGCAGUACCGCCACGUUUGACUCCGGGUUCCAGCCGCCGCAACAACGCGAAAAUAAGUAUCCUCGGACAUCGGAACCAGCUGUUCCACCCAAGUCAGUGCCAACUUACAACACAGGCUAUCAUCCGCCAUAUGAAUCAGCCGUGACACACUAUCAAGUCCCAAAUUACACCCCAGUAGGCUACCCGCAGCCAGGUCCGCCGCCGCCACCUUGGCAUUACGAAAAUGGGCACUUUGGGCAGUUUGGUAUGACUAAUUUUGGUCCAAAUACGGGAAUGCAUUAUCGGCCGCCAUACUUUCCCGGCCCUCCUCCUCCUCCUCCUCCUCCCCCUGUAAGCCAUCCUAGAUAUGUUGGUCCUUUUUAAGGAGAAGCACCAAGUCUGAUCUGACUUCGUUGUAAAUGCUCUUGACAUAGUUUGAAUAGUUUGAAAUGUAUUUUGUAUUUUCAACUUUGAUGUAUGAAAAAUAAAGGUGUGGAUUUAGGGAGAG